AACAGAUAGGUUAGAGAUGCUGUCAAACAGUUCAUUUCGGAAUCCUAGGAAACUACUUCAAACAAUCAUUCUUCUCUUCUGUUGCACGGCGCCAGUCUUUUCAAGCAAUUAUUGCGAUAGUGACGCAGAGUCAAUAAGUGAGUGUAGAGAGGCGGAAAUGGCAGGAAUUAUUUCCUGUGAAUUCGAAGUGUUCGGGAUUGUUCAGGGUGUUUUCUUCAGGAAGCACACGCAGAAACAGGCCUCAGAAUUGGGCCUGAAGGGAUGGUGUAUGAAUACAUAUGAUGGAACUGUGAAGGGAGUCAUGGAAGGAUCUCCUGACCAAAUUAGAAAAAUGAAAGACUGGCUUCAGCAUGUUGGAAGUCCUCAGAGCAAGAUUGACAAAGCUGUCUUCAGUCCGGAUAAAUCAAUUCCCGACUACACUUUCACCAAAUUCUCAGUCAAACACUAGAUUUCUCACCCUGUAGAACGACACCGGGACGAGGAGUUGCUCCAGUUUGCUAGUCUCCCACUUCACGAGGUUCUCCGGCUUCAGUCCCUCCUUCCUCAGUCUGUUCAUCGCAUCGUAUGUAACCUUGAACACCGAAAAAAUGUAAGAUUUGCCAUGAA